AUGGGUUAUGCUAUGAGUAGACUAGAGAUAGAAUCCAGUCAUUCUGAAGAUGGAAAUGCCAUCCAUGAAGAUUCUUGUAGUGGACAAACUAAAAUGUCAUCAAAAAAUUUAGACGAUGAAAUUGCUCAGAUAACGAAAUUGAAGUCAAGGCCCCAUAAGCAAUUAGUCCAAGUUGGAACUGGAAGGCCAGAGUUGCCUGUUUCUCCGGUGAAGAUGCUGGCAGGACGGGAAUCAAAUUACUCUGGACGGGGAAGGUUUUCUUCAGCUGAUCGCUGUCAUCUUUUGAGCAGAUAUUUGCCUGUAAAUGGUCCCUGGCUUAUUGACCAAAUGUCUAGUCGGGCAUAUGUAUCUCAGUUUUCAGCUGAUGGUUCUCUCUUUAUUGCUGGAUUCCAGGGAAGUCACAUAAGAAUAUACAAUGUGGACAGAGGUUGGAAAGUUCAGAAGAACAUUCUAGCUAAAAAUUUGAGGUGGACAAUUACUGAUACAUGUCUUUCACCUGAUCAACGCUAUCUGGUUUAUGCCAGUAUGUCACCCAUUGUACAUAUUGUAAAUGCCGGAUCUGCUGAAACAGAAUCCCUAGCAAAUGUUACAGAGAUACAUGAUGGUUUAGAUUUUUCAUCAAAUGAUUAUGGAGGAUACUCAUUUGGAAUUUUCUGUGCGAAAUUCUCAAAAGAAGGAAGAGAAUUAGUUGCUGGGAGUAGUGAUAAUUCUAUAUAUGUGUAUGAUCUUGAAGCAAAUAAGCUCUCCCUUCGAAUUUUAGCCCACACGUCUGAUGUGAACACUGUAUGUUUUGCUGAUGAAACUAGCCAUCUUAUUUACUCCGGGAGUGAUGAUAGUUUUUGUAAGGUCUGGGAUCGGCGUUGUUUAAUUGCUAAGGACAAGCCAGCAGGGGUUUUAACAGGACACCUUGAGGGCAUUACAUUUAUUGAUACCCGUGGAGAUGGACGUUAUUUCAUUUCAAAUGGUAAAGAUCAAACCAUUAAACUUUGGGACAUACGCAAAAUGUCAUCCAAUGUUCCCAGCAAUCCUGGGUAUAGGAGUUACGAAUGGGAUUAUAGGUGGAUGGAUUAUCCACCCCAAGCAAAAGACUUGACGCACCCUUGUGAUCAGUCAGUGGCCACUUAUAGAGGUCAUUCGGUCUUACGCACUCUCAUCCGCUGCUAUUUCUCUCCAGCUUUUAGCACUGGUCAGAAGUACAUCUAUACUGGAUCACACAACGCAUGUGUUUAUAUAUAUGAUUUGGUGAGCGGAGCUCAAGUUGCGACACUGAAGCACCAUAAAUCACCUGUAAGAGAUUGUAGUUGGCACCCCUUCCAAACUAUGCUUGUUAGCUCUUCUUGGGAUGGAGAUGUCGUGAAAUGGGAAUUUGCUGGGAGUGGUGAUAGAUCAGCCACUUCUGCUAAGAGGGUAUGGACAAGACAUUUUUAUGACGAUUACGAAUGA